GGGCGUCCAUCACGAGCUGACAGGUCUCCGUCUACCACUGCAACCGUACCCGGGAGGAGGUCAUGCUGUGUUCAUGUACAGUACUGCAUCCGACGGCAACGUUACCCUCCAGCUCAAGGAACCCGAUGAUCUGGACAAGAACAGCUUAGCGGCGGUUCUAGCGCGGUUGCAAGACGACGCUACCUUCUCUAUAUCCUAUCAGGACACCGACAUCCUGUCAGAUGGCAGCAUCGACGUUUUGUUGGGAGGCGGUAACAGCGGAAACGGGACUACGCAGGCGUCAACGGGUACCGGUAGCGGUACUACGACUAAUUCAGGUACACAAUUGCGUAAGCUCCUGCAGCAAUGCAUACAUCACAUGCCCAGCAGUAAGUGAAUAAUUAACCUACAUUAGGUACCAGUAGCGGCGGACUACACGUUUUCACCCAAAAUUC